GCAAACCGUAAUCAUGCUCCAACUGUCAACAACCAAACAUACAUGACCGCCUCCGUGUCAACCGCAUACAACACAGCGACCCUUUGUCCUUCAUUCUCAACCAACUCCCUCAGUUGCCACCAAAAUGACCCCUUACCAUCAACCACCUCACAACCACAUGGCGGAUACUCUGCAGAACUCGACGCUCUACGACAAGCGUACUCUGACCUCCAACAAUACUAUGACGCCAACCCUGGUAAAGCCCUAAUCGAUUGGAUCUUGCCGCCUCCUCCUCGUCCAGAACCUGGCUAAGUAAGGCUUUCUUCUCACCACACUAUGUAUUGCAUUCUCCUCCCUCUUCCCCUUCCUCUAUAUUCAAUCUCUUAUGUAACCAUCACCCCACUCUCU